AUGAAAAGACUCGUGAUCAACACUGUCAGUAUGGUGUUGGAUCUGAUGGAGCUCAAGGGCUUGCUCCGGGCCAGACGGUCCUCGAAACGCAACUCGGACCCCGGUCCGCCCACCGACAACCGCGCCAGGGUCGUCAACGAGUUCCUCAACACCGAGAGAUCCUACGUCCAGGACCUCGAGAACCUCCAGGCCUACAUGCGGGCCCUCCAGUGUGAUGGAACUAUUGUCUCGCCCGAAACUAUCCACCUGAUCUUUGGAAACCUCAACGCCCUUGUUGACUUCCAGCGUCGGUUCUUGAUCGCCAUCGAGACCAAUGCGGCUCUGAUGCCCCAGGAGCAGAACUUUGGACAGGUCUUUUUGAUGCACGAGGAGGCCUUCACGGUCUAUGAACCUUUCUGUGCCAACGUCGGAGAAGCCAGUGCCCUGGUUGUUCAGGAGAACGAGAAGCUCGUCAAAAUGAACCAUCUGAUUGAAGCCCAGCACGGCGUCAACUCGCACUUGAUUAAGCCAGUCCAGCGCGUUUGCAGAUACCCUCUGUUGAUGCACGAGCUCAUCAAGUUGACCGAUCCCGAACACCCAUUCUACCGCGACUUGGUCGAGGGUCAGGAUGCCAUCAAGCGUGUUGCUGAGAGGAUCAACGAGACCAACCGUCGCCAAGAGAAUGUCGCCAUUGCUCGCGCCCUGCAGCACCAAGUUGCCUGGAAAGACGGUGAGCUCGUCUCCGACUUCGGUGCCUUGCUCCUCCACGACUCGCUCCUCAACCCCCGAGGUACGCCCGAUAAGACUCUUGAAGUCUACCUGUUCGAUAAGAUCCUUGUCUGCUGCCAGAGCAUCGUCAGCCGCAAGAAGCCAUCCAAGCCCCUGACCCGUGGCUCGAAGCCCAAGCCCACUCUUCACUUGAACGGUCGGAUCUACAUCAACAACAUCAAGUCAAUCCUCCCCGUUUCGGUUGCCGGAACCCAUGUCCUCCAUGUUGUCUGGAACGUUGCCGCCGAGGAGUUUGAGCUCCGCUGCCGCAACGAGGACCAGCUCAAAAAGUGGCACAGCGUGCUCGAGAAGCUGGUCAACGAGGCAAAUGCUGAACGCUCCGAGAUUGCGGCCAUGAGCAACCACUUGGAUGCCCUUACGCUCUCGCACGACAACCAGUCGUCGUUCUUUAAGAACGAUGACGACGACCUCGAUGACGAUCUUGAGGCCGAUGAGGAUGAUAGUUACGAUGAGCACCGCGGUUACCGUAGCCACUCCUUGCCCUUUGGUCUCUCCCAGCCCAACAUACUGGGCUCUCGCCCACGAGCCAAAACGGAGGAUGGAUCGGUCCCUGUCCCGGGCAACUGGAGCGCACGCACUGGCGGUUACAACGCUCACGUGACCGCCAGCGGACGUACCCUAGCCCCCGGUAUGUCGCUCCCACCCCUGCCUCGCACCUCCAGCAGCGCAAGCACCGCCAUGGGCGUGGUUUCCCCUGGAGAGUACCCCUACUCGCCUCCCUCGUCCUACCCAGCCUCACCCACGGUUUCGAACUCCCGCGGUUCUGGCGGCAGUGGCUCUUGGCAGCGUCGCAGCAAUGGUGAUGGUCAUUCCCCCCUGAACGACACCAUGUCCAAGUUCAUGUCGUCUGAGGAUGGAUCGAGCAUAACCGGUGGCCAGCCCUUGGUCAGAAAUGCGUCGGCAGGCUACUCGUACAACACUACCCCACCAGCGGCUCCUCCAGUGCCUCCAAUCCCUGGACCUCUUCGCAUCCGCGCCCAGAGCAGCCCCAACAUCCACGCCUCGUCUGCUGCUGGACCCUCCUGGAGCAAUGUCCCCGAGAUGCCCACCCACCACCGCAAGCCCUCCAACACAAGCGGCCCCAGCUCCCCGACGACGCCUCACCCUAGUGGUGCCUAUGGAGCCCCCGCAGUGCCCUCGAUCCCUUCUGGUCACACCUCGCCUCGCUCCGAUGGCGGUCGUAUGCUGCGCCAGCAAUCCUCGAGCAGCAACCUGAGUACUAACGGUGUCCCCCAGCUGAAGGUCAAGGUCAACUACCAGGAGGACUCGUACCUGAUUGUGGUUCCCGUCCAGAUUGGGUACAGCGAGUUGGUCGAGCGUGUUGAGCGCAAGAUCCGUCUCUGUGGCAGUCGUCGCGCCGAGUCGCAGCCCCUGCGUCUCCGCUACAAGGACGAAGACAACGAUUACAUCAACAUGGAAGACGACGAAGACAUCUCGUUGGCCAUGGAGAGCUGCUUUGCCGAUGGCGUCAUGAACUUGCACGUCAUUUAA